AUGGCACCACAGUUGAAACGACGAAAGCUUGAGAAUGCAGUCGAAGAAAUCAGUUUCGAUCCAGACGCCAGACAUGAAUUCUUGACGGGUUUUCACAAGCGCAAAGUGCAAAGAAUAAAAUUGGCACAAGAACAUGCAGAGAAGAGAGCACGUGAAGAGAAAAGAGAAGAACGAAGAAAGAUCCGCGAACAACGAGCAGCGGAAAUCGAACAAGCUCUCAAUGAAUCCAAGAGAAUGCUAGAACAAAUUCGCGGCGAUGCCUCGUCUCAGGAGAGUGGCUCUGAUUCGGAGUCCGAGGAAUGGGAAGGGUUCGAGGAGCCUGCUCCGGUGGACUACGAGGAAGAAUAUAUCGACGAAGACAAAUACACUACCGUGACGGUUGAAGAAAUGGGACUUUCCAAGGAAGAGCUCCACAAGCAAUAUAAAUCAUCUGAUGAUGAAGACGACAACAAAAAACAUAAAGAGAAGGUGGAGGUACCGCAAAAACCCAAAGCACCAAAGAAAUAUGGCUCGAAAUCAGGCGCCCCCAAGAAGAAAAAGAAACAAUUCCGUUAUGAGUCGAAAGAGGAACGCAAGGUUACGAGGAGAAAAGAACGAACAGGGGGUAAGAAGAAAGCCAGCGCCAGAAAGGAGCGCUGA